AUUUUUUAAUUUUAUCUUUUUUUUUCGGUUCCAAAAAAAAAAAUUAUUUACUCAUCAACUUAUUUUUUUUAAAAAAAGUUUAUUACUAUAUAAAAAAAUGCAAAAAGCAGAAAAUACGAACGAAUGGGUUUGAAUACAAUUAUUUUAGUAAUAUUUAAGAAAUUAGAUCCGGAAAUUUCAGAAAAGUUUAUCGUGCGAAUGGAAAAAUUCUGAUCAUUGUAAAAGAUCAUUCAUUAGAUAUGAUAAAAAAUAUUCAAUUCGACUUGGUGGUGGAAAAAGAAUAUAAUAGUUUAAAUAAUUAUUUCAUUUAUUUGUUAGAAAAUUAUAAUGAUCAAUUAAAAAAAAAAUAUUUGUUGGUCAUGGAAUACGCUGAUAGUGAAAUUCUUCAUGAUUAUUUGAAAAAAUAUUUUCGGCAAUCUAGUUAGUUUCUGUCGUGUCAUCCCUAAUACAAUAUAUUAUAAAUUUUUUAAUUAAAGGGCUUUAAUAUAUUUAUGAUAUUAUUUAUCUUAUUAAGCAAAUAUUUCUUUUAAAAAUGUUCUUUCUUUUAUAACUAAUUGUAAUUUUUUUUUAAUUUUU